UUCAUAAUGAGGGUUUCCAACAAACUAGAAGUAAUAUCUUCCUCCAACGAACACAGGAAAAUUUAAACGCCCGUAACUGCUUGUGGACUUCAUGCAGUGAUGGUUUCCUCGGAAUUCGAAGGUCGUUUUAUUCGGGGCAAUGCCUCUGUGUUGGGCAGAAAUUCUGAAUCAUCAAAUGGUUUUUCGGCGUCGUGGAAGUAUAGGCUGGUGACCGGACGCCUUGAAAUGACCUUUGUUUUAUAAGUUUGGCAAGCUCGUGUGCGCACAUUUGUAGAACUUUGGAAGCUGUAGAGGUUCUCAAAUUUAUGGAAGCUGAGGAGGCUAUGUUUCCUCCUCCGCGAGCGAUUAGUUUUCCACUUCGUCUGUCCGUUUUUUGGGGGAAGUGCAGCGGAUUUAACGAUCUGUUAGCAAUUUCAUGUCUACAAUUUGUCGCUCUGUUGUCUUGCUUUGCUAAAUUUGGGGUUUUUAGUUCCAAAGAUAGGUUUGGGCACACUAGUUAAGUCCCUUUGCUUCGCGGAGUGAUCGUUCAACCCUGGAUUGCGAGAAACAAUGUGUGUGUGUGUUUAGUUUACGGGAAUGAUCCGCUUGUUUAGCCACAUCGUAUGACAAAAUCGGCUGGUGCGAGUUCCCCAAUUCGUAGAAAUCCCAUUCGCGUGAUCGUUCUUUUAUCGCUGUAUUUAUCGGAAGUAUGGAGCACCGCUCAAUUCUCUCAGACGACCAAGCAGGCAUUCGCUCUUCCUCGCAAAGUUUCGGAAGCAGCUCAAAUCUGCGCAAUCAUGGUGGAACCAACAGAUCAAUCGGAUCUUUGGACACUAACUUUUCAGCAACCCCUCCUAAAUCACGACGCACCCUUCGACAGACGCACAGCGCGCUCAUUGGAGACCGGAGGGCUUAUCCUCUACCUGAUCCAAGGCAAUUCGAGCUGCCCGGCGUUUCUGGCUCGUGGGAUCCUACCAACGAUAUUCUCUACCCAAUGCAGACUUUGAUGCGCUUCUCCGAGAGAGAACGAGCGACGUCGCGAGACACCGUAGAUGCAGUUUAUAGUCCCCCUAUGCAACGCCCCCUGGCAGUUAUAGCGCAACACACCAGCAUUCACGUGACUGACAAGCAACCAAACCCAUCGCCAUCACGAUCAUCGCCUGCCGGCAAAUGUGUUUCCAAAAUUUCUGUUGGCGAUUCCGGUGAAGACAAGGUGACAGAAUUCCUGCAAGAGCAGAAGCAGGACAUUGACGCGAGGAAGACGACAGAGCUGGAGGUUCCGUCGGUGGGCACAGAGGUGCAUGAUACCGAUUCGACCAUUCAACCAUCGAAUUCGAAAGCGGUGGUGGUAGUGUAUGAUGGGGAUAAGAAAUUCUCGAUUGCAGCUUUGGACAUUGCAAUCAGUGGCUAUGCGACGUCUGAGGGCGACGCUAUUGUCGUGGUGGCGUUCGUGGAACAUAUCUUGAGCCCAAUGGGUAUGAAGAUGGCAGCAGAUACCCAGCAGUUCGGUGGCGUCAAUGAUGCGAUCCUGAGCCAAACAAUCUUCCAGAAAAGAGCGGAAAUCGAGAGCAAGCUGAGAGACACUUCUCGCUAUUGCCUAACGAAGAAGAUACGAUUGGAUGUGAAAGUGCUCCUUGGAUUCAAUGCUAAAGCGCUGGUUGUGAAGGAAAUUUUAGCUUGUCAAGCCACAUGCGUUAUUUUUGACAAAAAUGCAAUGAAGCACCGGAAUUAUUACAAGGAGCACCUCACCUGUCAAGUUCUCAGGCUCCGCAGCGACGGUCGCAGGGUGGAGACCAUUUCGCUGUUUGGCCAAGGGCUUGAGAAAACGGCUUCGAUCACCUCGCACUGUUCCGACUCCUCCUCCGACUCCUCCAUGAACUCCGAGCUGACCAGCUCUCCUUCACUGUGGUCGAAGAUGAAUCUCUUCGGCUCCAAGCGCAGCACCGUGCCGCUCCACCAAAGCACCAUCAGCCACGGCUCCAUCGUGAGCAGCAGCUCAAGAACCAGCUCCAACUUGGGAUCCCCUCGACUCGUGCAGGAAGACGAUGGAACUGUCGGUGAAGUGUUGGAAGAAAGCUACUCCUUCGACAGCCCCAAGCCAAACCCAGCUGAGACUUACGUGUAUGUGGCCGCAGGAUUGGAGAACUACAAUCCUCACACAAGAAGUGGAGGAACUCUUCCAACGGCUUUGGCUGCAUAGCCACCGUGAAGUCGACCCCAUCACUUCAGGAUCUGAUCAGCAACGUGAGUGAGAUCAGCUCUGUUGCGGUGCAGCUCACACAGUCGAGAACGCCCAGACUGUUUAUGUCAUUCGGAGCUUGUUAUGCUCUAAUUUCAUCUUCUGAAUGGUAUUUGCAUUCCAAUUUAACUGUACUUAAUUAAUUAACCCAGCAGAAGUAGGAGUCGAGACACACACUGACGCAUCCUGAGAAAGGUGAAGUAGCUGUGUUUUUGUUAGUUUCUUCUCGAGCUUGGUGGUGUUCUGAUGAGGAGGCAAUUGCUUGCUGAUAGUGGAGUAGUUAUUAUGUGUGCACAUUUGUGCUGCUAACAGGGGCUGGAUGCUGAGAUUCCAUCACAGGAAUCAUGGAAAAAAACGGCAUUGUGAUUUUGUGUAACUUGAGCUUUUCUGUUCUGUUCGACACUGAAAUGCUGCUGAUUGUUUAUUGAUUUGGCUGCUACCUAGCUUGGAAAGAUUAUUUCAGUUGCCUAUUUUCCAUAAUUUCUGCUUUUGGUUUCUGAUUCCAAACGAUGUUAAUUAUUAUUAUUAUUGUUAUUAUUAUUAUUAUUAUUAUUA